UUAAAUAGGCAACCAAUAUAACCGGAAUUUUUUUGUGCCGUGCAGUUGUCAAAUUGUCAGUCAAUCGAAGGGGCAAGAUGGCGUCCAUACUAAAAUUAUCGAAGGCAGUGGCCAAUUUAGGCAAAAAUAACAACGCCUUGCAGGUGUUGAGGUGCGCUUCCGCUAAAGCCCAGCACAAAGAGGCCCUGCUUAACGUCCCCCCAACCAAAGUAACAACCCUACCAUCAGGUAUUAGAGUCGCAACCGAAGAUUGGGGCUCCCAAACCGCCACCGUGGGCAUCUGGAUCGAUGCCGGUAGUCGAUAUGAGAACGCCAAAAACAACGGUGUCGCCCAUUUCAUGGAACACAUGGCUUUUAAGGGUACCGGAAAGAGGACUCAGAGCCAGUUGGAGAUCGAAAUCGAAGAUCUGGGGGCGCAGUUGAACGCCUACACCAGCAGAGAACAGACCGUUUACUACUCUAAAUGUUUGUCGAAAGAUGUACCAAAGGCAAUCGAAAUUUUGUCCGAUAUUGUGCAAAAUGCCAAGCUGGGCGAAGGCGAGAUCGAAAGAGAACGCGGUGUGAUACUCAGGGAAAUGCAGGAGGUUGAAUCCAACCUCCAAGAGGUUGUUUUCGAUCACUUGCACGCCAUUGCCUACCAAGGCACCCCAUUGGCCAACACAAUCUUAGGGCCCACAGCUAACAUCAAGUCGAUCAGUUCAACAGAUUUGAGAUCAUACUUGGACAACCACUACAAGGCGUCUCGUAUCGUUGUUGCCGGCGCUGGUGGAGUGAAUCACGACGAUUUAGUGAAAUUGGCUGAAAGUAGCCUGUGCAAACUCGACAACAACUACACCGGUGAAGUCCCUACGUUGGAGCCGUGCCGCUACACCGGCGCGGAGAUCCGCGUCCGCGACGACUCGCUACCCCUCGCUCACAUCGCGAUAGCCGUGGAAGGCGCCGGUUGGUCCGACCCCGACACGCUAACCUUGAUGGUGGCGUCGACCUUGCUGGGCGCCUGGGACCGCUCGCAGGCCUCCGCCAAGCAGAACGCCACGACUUUGGCGAGGGCGAGCGGCGAAGGGGACUUGUGCCACUCCUACCAGAGCUUCAACACCUGCUACAAGGACACCGGGUUGUGGGGCGUUUACUUCGUCUCCGACCCCUUGAAGAUCGAAGACAUGAUCUUCAACGUUCAGCAGGAGUUCAUGCGUCUGGCCACCAGCGUUACCGAAGGUGAAGUUGACAGGGCAAAGGCUCUAUUGACCGCCAACACUCUUUUACAGUUGGAUACCACCACUGCUGUAUGCGAGGAUAUUGGUCGCCAGUUGCUCUGCUACGGCCGCAGACUGCCCCCCAACGAGCUCACCCACCGUAUCGCCAGUAUCACUGCCCAAAACGUGCGUGACGUUUGCUACAAAUACAUCUACGACAGGUGCCCAGCUGUUGCUGCAGUCGGACCGGUCGAGCAACUUCCCGACUACACCAGAAUUCGCGCCUCAAUGUACUGGUUGAGAGUUUAAAUUCAAUUUGUUAAAUUAUAAUUCCUUUUACAAAUAAUCAAUAAAUAAAGUCACCAUUAUCCGUUUCUUAGAGUUUAAUUUAAAGGUUUUUUUUUAACUUAGAUUAAUGUGUAAAUAUGUUUACCGAUUCAUUUUUAUUUAAUAAAUACCUAAUUUAUAGUCUGUUUUUUA